ACAAAGCAGCGGAGCAGCAGCAGCGGGUUGCGGGCUGUUGCCUGUAGCUUGUCCUGUAAUUAUCCCCAUCAGUAGUAGAUAUCAGAGGAUCUCACGUCAGCCGCUAAGCUUGAAUUUCACAACACUCCACCUCUUUUUUCCUUCCGUCUGGCUUGAAAGAUGAACUUCAAGAACUUAAGGGAGUACCUGUCCUGGCUGUACUACCAGUACCUGCUCAUCACUGGCAUCUAUGUCCUGGAGCCCUGGGAAAAGUCCAUCUUCAACUCCGUCCUCUUCUCCGUGAUCGCCAUGGUGAUCUAUACCUCGUAUGUCUUUGUGCCCAUCCACAUGCGCCUUGCACUGGAGUUUUUCUCUAAGAUCUUUGGCGGCCAGCCUGAGAGCACCAUGGCACUCAUGAACUAAAAGAUGGAGAGAAUAUGGAGGAAAAAGAGGCAGCAACUGGGUGGAUUAACACCUCAGAUAAUCAAUGCUGAAAAUAUGAAGAUCUUAAUGAAAUGAUCUGGAAAUUAGAGCUUAACUAUCUUCUUUACAUUCCAAGCCCUCUGGUGUUACCCCAUGGUAUUAGACACACAACUCUACAUUACAUUUACCCCCUCGCUGUGAAACGUCUUGUGAAAUGUUGUUUGUCCUAUUUAUUUAUGUCUUUCUCACCAUAUGUCCUGUGUGAGUGCAUACCACCUCUGGGUUUUGCAUGCUAGGGUUAUACAUGGGUAGUACAUGGUACUCGUCUCACUACAAAAAAACUAGACUCUCUUCUUUCCAACAUGACAUUUAUGCUACCUUAAAGGAGCCUUCCGGCAAUUUAGUAUGUCAUGUCCAUAAAAAAAACUUGAUUCAAAAGUGUUUAUAAUCAAAGCAUCACAGGCAGCGAUAUCAUGACUUUUAGUCUCAAGUCAAAACCCUGAAACACUGCCCCCCAUUUUCCCCACAAUACAACCAUAAUAGACCCUACCUAACUGGUUAAUACCCACGCCUUUAAAUCCAACUCCCCAUAACAUUUAAUAUGUAGUGCACUAAAUUCUCUGUUGUUUUAUGGUUACUAAAUUUGGAGUGAGAAUCUUUUGCAAUGUUUAGUGCCUGCAAACGUACCAACAAUAGGGAAAAAGAGUUGUGUUCUAGGACACUAUUUUUUGCUAUGAAUCCCACAUAG